ACCCAUCAGAGAGGAUGCAUGACGAAGCACUGAAGGAUCCUGUGCUUCACGGUGGAAUGCAGAAGUCGAGCUAGGUGAGCACGACCGCGCAAAGGCUGAGCCAUUCCGGCGCUGCGGAGGACAGCCGCAUCCGGGUUUUCCUGCCGCAGGCUGCCCUCCGAGCCAGGGGUCCUUCAGGUAGGAGGUCCUGGGUGACUUUGGACGUCCGCUCAGCCGGGUUGCAGAAGCCGCUUGGUGUGUGUCCCGUGCUCGUUCUCCUGUCUCCGUGGAGGUAGGCCUCUGCCGCAAACAUGCUCCGUCAGAUCAUCGGGCAAGCCAAGAAGCAUCCCAGCUUGAUUCCUCUCUUCGUAUUUAUUGGAGCAGGAGGUACUGGAGCAGCACUGUAUGUGAUGCGCCUGGCAUUGUUCAAUCCAGAUGUCAGCUGGGACAGGAAAAAUAACCCAGAGCCUUGGAACAAACUGGGUCCCAAUGAACAGUAUAAGUUCUACUCAGUGAAUGUGGACUACAGCAAACUGAAGAAAGAAGGCCCUGACUUCUAAACCAUGAAGCUCACCAUAAAGCUGCUUAUAAUGAAGGUCUUUCAGAAGCAUCCGCACAAUUUUCCACUUGACCAGGAAAUACUCCUCUGAAUGCAUGAAAUCAUGUUGAUUUUUUGGAGUUUAUUAAACUGAUGAAUAAAUCUUUGAAACUUGA